AUGAAUAGCCUUGAUCACAAAGACACUUGGAAAGGCAUUUUCCAGUGGAAAUGUUCCAGUAAGAUGUUCCUUGAGGAACCGUUGUUUGCAGGGGCUAUUUACAAGAAAAAGAAGGAGCCCGAAAACAUUGACAUCAGUGAGCAAAGAGCUCCAGGGAAAGUUUUGCUGGAUGCCGUUUGCAGCCAUCUAAAUCUUGUUGAAGGUGAUUAUUUUGGCCUGGAGUUUCCAGAUCAUAAAAAGAUCAUGGUGUGGCUGGACCUUUUGAAACCUAUUAUGAAACAGAUUAGAAGACCGAAGCAUGUUGUCGUAAAAUUUGUGGUGAAAUUCUUUCCACCGGACCAUGCUCAGUUGCAAGAAGAACUGACAAGGUAUCUCUUUGCAUUGCAAGUGAAGCAAGACCUGGCACAAGGCAGGCUAACAUGUAAUGACACCAGUGCUGCACUCUUAAUCUCACACAUAGUACAGUCUGAGACUGGGGAUUUUGAUGAAACCAUAGACCGUGAACACUUAGCAAAGAACAAAUAUAUACCUCAACAAGAAACACUAGAAGACAAAAUCAUGGAAUUUCACCGCAAUCAUAUUGGACAGACACCAGCAGAAUCAGAUUUCCAGCUACUAGAGAUUGCCCGUCGUUUGGAGAUGUAUGGAAUCCGGUUGCAUCCAGCGAAGGACAGGGAAGGGACGAAGAUCAACCUGGCAGUUGCCAACACAGGCAUUCUAGUAUUUCAGGGUCACACCAAGAUCAAUGCCUUCAACUGGGCUAAGGUUCGAAAGCUGAGCUUCAAGCGGAAGCGUUUUCUUAUCAAGCUACGACCUGAUGUGAAUAGUUCAUUCCAGGACACCUUGGAAUUCCUGAUGGCGAGUCGGGAUUUUUGCAAGUCUUUCUGGAAGAUCUGUGUAGAACACCAUGCCUUUUUCAGACUCUUUGAGGAGCCCAAACCAAAGCCUAAACCUAUUCUUUUUACUAGAGGUUCAUCAUUUAGGUUCAGUGGCCGGACUCAGAAGCAGGUUCUUGACUAUGUUAAAGAAGGAGGACACAAGAAAGUGCAGUUUGAAAGGAAACACAGCAAGAUUCGUUCCAUCAGGAGUCUGACUGUACAGCCUUCAGAACAACAUUCAGAGGUGCCAAAACAAAGCUGUAGCUUUACAUUUGGAGAUAAUGCUGAUUCCCCAGUGGUGCAGAGCUGCCGACAAGGGAAGGAACUGAAAGCUUCAAUGGAAGAUAUUGGACAGCGCAAGAGCCCUUCCCUGAAGAAGAGCCCUAAGGAAGGUGGGAAGGUGGAUGGAGUGGUGAUGGCGACAAUGGAGGAAGAAGAGGAGGUCUCUAAGGAUAGGACACAGCAGAAUAGAUCUCAGUCGCAACAACCAAGCACAGCAGGUUCUCUGACUGGCAGCCCACACCUUUCAGAGCUCUCAAUCAAUUCUCAAGGUGCACCAGUGGUGGCAAAUAUGUCAUUAUCUCCAAACCUGAGCCCGGAUGCCAAGCAGUCAUCUCCACUGGUCAGCCCAUUGCUGAACGACCCGUCGGGUAUCAGGACUGAGGAGGAAGAAGAGGUCAGGAGAAAGAGAUUUCCAACUGACAAAGCUUACUUCAUUGCUAAAGAAGUGUCCACCACAGAGCGAACUUACCUAAAGGACCUUGAAGUCAUCACAUCAUGGUUUCAGAGCACAGUGAGUAAAGAUGACUGUAUGCCAGACACACUGAAAAAUCUCCUCUUCUCCAACUUUGAACCUUUGCACAAAUUUCACACCAGUUUUCUCAAGGAAAUUGAGCAGAGACUUGCUCUCUGGGAAGGCCGCUCCAACGCUCACAUUAAAGGAGAUUACCAAAGAAUUGGUGAUGUUAUGCUAAAGAACAUUCAGAGUAUGAAGCAACUGACAGUUCACCUGCGGAAACACAAUGAAGUUUUGAUGGAGUUGGAGAAUGGGAUCAAGAACUCUAGAAAGCUGGAGGCCUUGUGCAAGGACUUUGAGCUACAGAAAGUCUGCUACCUGCCCCUCAACACUUUCCUGCUCCGACCUUUGCACAGGCUCAUGCACUACAAGCAGAUAAUGGAAAGGCUCUGCAAACACUACCCACCAAACCAUGUGGACUUCAGAGACUCCAGAGCUGCUCUGGCUGAAAUUUCUGAAAUGGUGGCUCAGCUCCAUGGUAGUAUGAUAAAGAUGGAGAACUUUCAGAAGCUGCAUGAACUCAAGAAAGAUUUAAUAGGCAUUGAUAAUCUGGUGAUCCCAGGAAGGGAGUUCAUUAGACUGGGCAGUCUAAGUAAGUUGUCUGGAAAGGGUUUACAGCAGCGGAUGUUCUUCUUGUUUAAUGAUGUUUUGUUGUACACAAGUAGAGGCCUGACAGCAUCAAAUCAAUUUAAAGUCCAUGGACAGCUCCCCCUGUAUGGCAUGACAAUAGAAGAAAGUGAAGAGGAAUGGGGAGUUCCUCAUUGUCUUACGCUACGAGGUCAACAUCAGUCCAUUAUUGUUGCUGCAAGUACCCGUGCUGAAAUGGACAAAUGGACUGAGGACAUACAGAUGGCGAUAGAUCUGGCAGAGAAAAGCAGUGGUCCCACCCCUGAAUUACUGGCUAGUAGUCCACCUGACAAUAAGUCUCCAGAUGAAACUACUGUAGACCAGGAAUCAGAGGACGAUCUCAGUGCAUCCCGCACCUCACUUGAACGUCAGUCACCACACCGUGGCAACACUACGGUGCACGUCUGCUGGCACAGAAAUACCAGCGUUUCAAUGAUCGACUUUAGUAUUGCUGUGGAGAAUCAGCUCUCUGGAAACCUAUUAAGAAAAUUCAAGAACAGCAAUGGGUGGCAGAAGCUCUGGGUGGUAUUCACGAACUUCUGCAUGUUCUUCUACAAAUCGCACCAGGACAAUCAUCCUUUAGCCAGCCUUCCUCUACUGGGGUAUUCACUUACCAUUCCUUCAGAAUCUGAGAACAUUCACAAAGAUUAUGUUUUCAAGUUACAUUUCAAAUCCCACGUGUACUACUUCAGGGCUGAAAGUGAAUACACAUUUGAAAGAUGGAUGGAAGUAAUCCGAAGUGCCACCAGCUCUGCCUCACGCACCCGUGUAUUUAGUCAUAAAGAAUCUCAUGUGUACUGAUGGCUAAACACUCAUCAAGUUGAUCAUUCUAGAAGUUGCUGCUUUUCUAGAAGACAUUUGAAUAUAUUUUCUCCCUUAAAGUUCAGUACAAUUUACAUUUGUUUAAAAACAAAACUCCCACCACAAAUGGUUUUACAGCAAUUUUGAUUGCCUGAGGAAAGCUGUUUAACCACCUUAAAUCUUUCAAACAGCCAUCAUCCUGAUGGCAGGAAUUAGUUUCAUGUCCUGUAUUUUUUGUCAUUCUGUGUGCUGUUUUUUAGCUUGUGCCAGUAUUAAAAUAUUGUCCGAGUGCCAAAUGCCAAAAGACAUUUUCUUGCCUCACAGAUUGCACCUGAAAACAAUAUAAACUAAUUUGUAACUUCACAAUCUCUAGUGAGGCAAAUGCUAUUUCUUCUCUUUUCAUAAUUUUUUAAGAUGAUACCUGUAGACUGCUGGAUUUUUAAAUGUAGUAUGGAUUUUCACAGUAUAGACUAUAAAGAUACAUGGUAAGCAGUCUAACAUCAAUGAGGUAAUUUUCAGAUUUAAUUUUUCAGUCUUUCUACAUACUAUUCAAGGAAUUACUAAUUUUCUAUCUUAAAUAGUUUACAGAUCAUCAAUCAUUUCACUUUGGGGUUACAUAUACAUGUAGUAUAGAUGAAUUAUAGGAUUUAUCUUGCCUUUUUUCUGGGUGCAAGCUGACCAAAAUUGUGUGUGUGUUUAGUUUUGAACAGGGAAUACUACUUGCAAGAGGAAUAGUUUUAAAAAUGAUCAGUGCAAUAUUAUUUGGGCUAUUAAUGUACUGUGAAUGGUGUGUACAAGGAGAAAUUAAAGGUUGCUGUGGUGUUUUGCUGUUUGUUUUACAAACUUGACAAAACUUGUAUGCUACAAGAACCACAGCUAUUUGUGACUGAAGAGUGUUUUUGGUAAUUAAAAUGGACCUAAACACUAUAAACUGAUGGUACUACUUUCCCAGGCUUUCAUGAUGCCUGUAUCCACAGACAACUGUUCCAUUUUUAGCAGAUGUGUAGUGAGCUACAAACUUUUUUGAAGCUCUAGUCUCUGUAGAGUGGUACUACUACUAUCUCAACAGAUUAUGACUUAUCUUAAUAUAUAAAGAGGGUGCAAGCUAUACACAUCAGAUGAGAUGUUCUCCAUUUGGCAUAAUUAACAUUUUUGGAUCACCUACUGGUCCAAUCAGAAUUUCAAGAAUGUCAGGAAUCACACUACAGUGAUCAAUUGUAUUAGUUGUUUAUAUUAUACACAGGUUCAGCCCGCUAAACACACAGCUCUAUUCCAUUUAAGGGCUCCUUUCAGGGAACACUGCAUGAAGCCACAUAUGGGAUAUAUAAGUAAAUAUGGGAACCACAAAGAAAGUGGGGAUUAUUCUACCACCAGUUUUUUGUGUAUUGGAUUUGCUAAUCACUUGUCCUUACACUAUGUAUAAAAUGGUUUAAGUGUUGCUCACAACAAAAGGGAAUAAAAUACCUCACAACACAAUCAAGCAUACUUCAAUUUCAAGGCAAAA